AUUGAAACUGCGGACAUCUGGCGGCGCGGAGUUACUCGUGAGAAUGUCGUUGUCAAAGUAUAUUUCCCCUCCCUUGACUUCCCUCCCACUGUGCUUACCCCGUUAUUAUGGCGGUGUGAUUCUAGUGGGUGUGAGCGCAUUCGGGUUAAACAUUUACUUCGCCCGCCGAGUUAUGCAAGCUCGCAAAGAACACAGCGUUGAGUUGCCUAUUAUGUACCACCCCACAAACAAAGUAUUUAACUGCAUCCAAAGAGGUCAUCAAAACUAUCUAGAGGUUCUCCCCUUUUUCCUCAUGGCGUUGUUUCUGGGUGGUUUGCGUUACCCUCGGACGUAUACUGCGUGUGGUGUAGUAUUUCUCCUUGGUCGCCUAUUAUAUUUUCAGGGAUAUGCAACCGGAGACCCAGCAAAGCGUCAUAAAGGUGCUAUUUCCAUGGCCGGUGGAUUCCCAAUGAUUAUGGGGUUGCUAGUUUUCGGUGUUCAACACUUGGUAGCGAGUAUAAGCUGUUAUGUGUAUUAUGUGUCAAAUAUUAUGGCCUCAAUCCGACCUCUAUUUCAUUUUUUUAGAUGUACGGGUUGUGCAUUGCGUAGUUGAGGGAAGUUGGAUCAUAUGUAACAGCAUUCAUAAAUAUUUAGUAGACGACUAUUUUUAUCAUUGUCAUGCAUGCAUUUAGAAUAAAACUAUUUCACAAAA